GUACUUGGAGAAUCAACGCGAGACUUGACUGAGAUUUUACAGAUAGCAAUUGUAACAAUGGCACGUCUCGAAAAAGCUGGAAUGGCACCCGAUAUUCUUAUGGUACAGCAUGUUUCUGAACGAAAUAUAGCAAAAAUAUCCGAACCGGAAGAAAAAUUUCGGGAGGCUCUUCGGGAGGCUUUAAAAAUAGCUAACGAACAAGAUAUUGAGAUGGGAAUUUCCAAUACAGACUGUCUACAUAUUCUUGAUGAAAGAAUACGAAAUGGUCAACUUCUCAAACCAUUUAGACCAUUUAAAAAUGGUGCAACUGCUUACGCUCCACCGUCAGAACAAUAUCAUGAAGAUGUUGUCAAUCUCUAUAAUUCUAUAAUUGAAGACUGUAAAAAUUCUAAAAACAAAAUUGAAUUUUCACAGUGGCACUCAUUAAUUCAGAAUUACUGGAAGGCAGUCUCUCAUGAGAACUUUACUGUUCGUUUCAAAAAUAUCAAAGAAAUUUAUGAAUUUAUUGAUCUUGGUAAACGAAUCACAAGGCUGAAGGAA